GGUUCUUCAAACAGACUGCCAAAAGGACUCAAGACACAUUUAAAAAAUAAAUUUAAAACAAAAAAAAAUUAUUAAAGUGUAUGCGCUUAAGGCCGCUAUUUUCUUCCUGUUCGUCCCCGCCUCCUAGCCCGCGCGCGGGUGUUCGGUUCUGCUCGCGGCGGUGGGCGGUCCAAUCCGCUGCGCUCCUCGCAAACGGACCUAUCAGCUCUCAGGGGAGGAAGCGAGCGCGCACGACACGUUCCUCCCCCGCAGCUCGCCAGCUGCAGGCCCUGUGUUGCCCCGAGGUUCUCAACGGGCCACCAUCCGGGAGCUGCGGAGCAAGUCCUGCGUUGCCGUCGCUCUCCACCAGCGCUGGGGCCGGAACUAAGGGACGGGCUGCAGACGCCUCGUACCCUGCGGUGUGCGGCUCGUGUGCGGAGCAGAGCGACGGAGAGCGAGCGGGCGGCAGAGCAGAAGGGGGCGGAAGAACCCGUGCCGUGACACGCGCCGGUGGUGGCGACAGAAUGAGCGCUGCUGCCGUGGACGACCUGCCAAGCCCCAGCGAGCCGGAGCCCGCGCUUGUGGGGACGGAGGUAGGAGCCCCGUCCGCCGACGAACAGCUGCAGGAAAUGCCGGGCACUCGAGUGAGAAUCACGGUGGCCAUCGAGGAGGCGGACGACGAGGAGGAGCCCGAGGAGGGAGAGCUGUGCGAGAGCUGCCUGUGUGUGCGCGUCCCUGAGGGCAGCAGCUGCAGCGAGGACGAGCUCGGCAGACCCGACAAGUCCAGUGGUGCAGGCACAAGUGGCGGGGAGCUGGAGGAGGAAAGCUGGAUGCCCCCGGACGCGGAGCUCACUCAGAAGCUGGUGGACCAGAUCGAAUACUACCUGUCAGAUGAGAAUUUGGAGCACGACGCCUUCCUGCUCAAGCAUGUGCGCCGCAACAAGCUGGGUUUCGUCAGUGUCAAGCUGCUCACCUCCUUCAAGAAGGUGAAGCACUUGACGCGAGACUGGCGGACGACGGCGUACGCGCUGCGGCAGUCAACCCUGCUGGAGCUCAACGAGGAGGGCCGCAAGGUGCGCCGACGAUCACCUGUGCCUGUGUUUGCCAGCGAAAGCCUGCCCAGCCGUAUGCUGCUGCUUAGUGAUCUGCGCCACUGGCCCGAACUGGGUGCUGCCUUGGCCGGAGGGGCGGGAGAUGGGGCUGGGGGAGCCAACGAGGGUGCGGUCAGCCACAGCGGGUGUGGUCAGCCGGAGCAUCCGAUGGAGCUGCUGCUGCGGGCUUUUGGGACAUAUGGGCCUAUUGCCUCCGUCAGGGUGCUGAAGCCUGGGAAAGAGCUGCCACCAGAUCUGAAGAAGCUUAGCGGGCGUUACACGCAGCUCGGCAUUGAGGAGUGCGCCAUUGUGGAGUUCGAAGAGGUGGAGGCUGCUAUCAAGGCUCAUGAGGCGGUGGGUAGAGGAGAGCUCGGGGUCAAGGUGGUGCUGAUUGGCACGAAGCCACCGAAAAAGAAGGCUUCCAAGGAUGGCAGUGCGUGCAAGAGCCGCUCCCUGAACAGCCGCGUGCGGGAGCUGCAGCACCAGGGCGACGACUCCGCUUGCAGCUCCUCCGAGACUGAGAGCAACCCCACAUCUCCCCGGCUGGCCCGGAAGGCCCGAUCUGGCAACAAGCUGAGCCCUGCGGGUGGCAGCACCUCUGGGUACCAGCAAAACCACCUGAGCCCUACUGCAUCACCCCGCAGCAGCCCUUGGUCCAGCCCGCGUGCCAGCCCCUGUACCCAGCGUCGCUUGCCACACUCCCAGAAAUCACCCCUGGCCAGUGAGGGUCGGCUGAGCCCGGAGCCCACACGCCGCUGUGCAGACUACUCCUCAGACAGUAGCGUCACGCCUUCGGGCAGCCCCUGGGUGCAGCGGCGCCGCCAGGUGGCGUCCCAGGAAAGCAGUCCGGUGGGAAGCCCCAUGCUGACCCGCAAGAUACAGAAUGCGGACGGACUCCCCCCGGGUGUGGUGCGCCUGCCCCGUGGGCCCGACGGGACCCGAGGGUUCCACUGUUCUGUGGAGCAGCGGGGCAAGGUGGUGGCAACCCAGACUUGACUGGGGGACAGUGAGCACCUUGUACCUCAACCGCCCUCCAAGUCACAGUACAGCGCAGCUAAGAUGACCCCCCACCCCUCUCCAUGAAGGACAGUGCAAACGUGACCUUUUGUAUUGCAACUUUUGGAGUUGAGCACACCUGUAACAUUGCUUAUGUUUGUUUACACGGUGAAACCCUAUUUGUGGCUGUUUUUGUUGCAUUCAUAAAAACCGUCCUUACUGCAAGAACUUUGUUCUGGUUUCUGAGAAAUCCCGACUGUUAAGAACUUCCUAAGCAGCAAAAUGGCGCCUGUUCUUGCAUGUGAUGGAUCCCAACCCCCCCCCCAAGCUGAUUUAUUUCACCUUAUUUAAAGAAUAUCUUGUAUGUUUAAAAGCAUUUUUUUAACCAGUGUACAGUAUUUACACUGAAAUAAUGGAUUACCAUAGAAAAGACACUGCUGUUGCAAAGACACGGUUUGUUAGCAGCUAUUACAACACGUGACUGAUCUGUAGCAGUGAGGCCCCUGAUUUGGGGAAAUAUAAGUGUUGAGUUUUUAUUAUUGCCGGACUGUUGUUUUGUACCUUACGAGGGUAUAUGCCGAGUGCGGAAUUUUUGUCACUUCUUGGGAGUUUACAGGCCUUGUCUGGCGUACUUUUUAUCUGUGUAUGAGCUGGGUCAAUAACAUGUAUAAUGUGUCCUGUACAAAUAAAUAAGUUAAUUGAUGGA